CUUGUUUUCACAAUGUCAGAGGAAACCCGAAGAGAUUCAGAGGAGGAGGACGAUUCUGACAGUGACAGUGAGUCAAGUGGAAACGGUUCAUCUUUCACUGCUUCUCUCAGCAGCUUCAUCUCAGGGUUUCUCCGGCACUGGGACUGUCUCCGAAGCGUUUCCAACAUGUUGAACAUCCCGACCCAGGCGUUCCCUGCGCCGAGCUCCCAGCAGCGGGUGUCAGCCGCCGGUCAGUCCGGGAGGAGCAAGGUGGCCUUGAAGCCCGGUCACAGUCUCAUGGACUGGGUCCGGUUCGCCAAGAGUGGUAAAGAUCUGACAGGGCUCAGAGGACGUCUGAUCGAAGUGACCCAGGAGGAGCUUCAGAAACACAACACGAAGAAUGACUGCUGGACAUGCAUUCGAGGUAUGGUGUACAACAUCACCCCCUACAUGGAUUACCACCCUGGUGGAGAAGAGGAGCUUAUGAAGGCAGCUGGGAUCGAUGGCACAGACCUCUUUGAUCAGGUUCAUCGUUGGGUGAACUAUGAGUCCAUGCUGAAAGAGUGCCUGGUGGGCAGGAUGGCCACUAAAACUGCAAUUAAAGCCAUCAUCCCUCCUCCACCACUGACUGGCCUCGCCCCACCUACAUCACUGGCCCCUCCCUCCGACAAAGACUCCCGACCUCGGUACGACUGGUUCCAAACUGACGCGACUGCUCAUCUAGUCAUUUAUGCCAAAAGAAAGAUCCCAAGCUCAGGCUGCACCACUGUUGACCUCAAAGCGGGUGUUCUACGACUGGAAGCACUGCUGGGCAAAAUGUCCUACAUGAUACAUUUACGUCUCACUGAUGAAGUUGAGGAAAAUGUUUCUGUCCACAGUGCUUUCUCCGUGGGAAAGAUCCAGGUCACGUUACGGAAACGGUCUCAAGGCAAAUGGACAAGUCUCGGUCAACCACUUGAAUUCCACAACUCCUUUCUAUACAAAAAAGACAGAGCUCCCUUUUACCGGGAUUGUGUGUUGGUGUCUAAGACUGAGGUGAACCACAACACCCAUGUGUUCAGACUGCAACUCCCACGUGGGACUGUCAUGCACGUGCCUGUUGGAAAACAUGUCUACCUCAAAGGCCUCAUUCAAGAAAGCGAGGUGGUGAGGCCGUACACUCCAGUAGAUGAGAACCUGGCAGCAGCCUCCCAGCGCUCCUCACAGGACUCAGAUCUCUACCUCAUGAUCAAAGUUUACCCCGAUGGAGUGUUCACUCAACACCUCAACAACAUGCACACUGGAGACCAUGUAUCCACUAGUGGUCCAGAGGGGACCUUCACUGCCCGCCCCCUCCGUGAUGUCACACACCUCUACCUACUAGCAGCAGGCACAGGAUUCACCCCGAUGGCUCGACUCAUCCAACUGGCCCAGGACGUCGACACCAUCAGAAAAACCAAGCUUCUCUUUUUUAACCGGCGGGAGGAGGACAUAUUUUGGCGCAGUGACCUGGAUGACCUGGCUGCUAACAAUGAGAGGUUUCAGGUGGAGUACGUCCUCUCUGAUCCCUGUGAGAGCUGGUCUGGCAGGACAGGUCGAGUUGAUGAGUCCAUGCUUCAGGAUUUCCUCAACAGGCCUGAUGGAUCCAAAAGCUACGUGUGUGUGUGUGGCCCCUCUGCCUUCACAGAACUCACCAUGGGGUUGUUGAAGCAGCAGGGCUUCAGUGAAGCGGAGCUCCACGCAUUCUGCGGCUGAUGCGCUCGACCCUGAAAAGACUGCGUGUGCCUGUGAGGGAGAACGAGAGCGAUUUACUUUUAACUUAUAAACCAGUGUUUGUGAUAAAUCUAUGCACCAAGGAUGCGAUGAUGAUGACUGAAGUCAAACAGCACAGCCUGUAAAGAAAACCUGUGUGGAGCAGUUAGUAGAUUUCAUCACAUCUGAGCUGAAACAUUGUAAAUAUCAGAGUAGAAAUAAAAGCUGAAAAGAGGAGGAAUGAAUGGGAUCAUGUAAAUUGAUGAUGUACUGUAUAUGCAAAGACAAUGAACAUGAGCCUGUAUGAGUUGCAGAGGAUCUUCUGCACACACGGUUUACGUACAUGCAGUUACAGUUACACCACUGCAGUGCAAUAAACAUGUGGGGACAUUCUCACCACUCCCCCAAGUUUUGUUUCC